AUGCUGCAGCAAUUCUAUGAGAUUCGGGAUUGGAAUUUGCAACUUAGAGCUGAGAACCAGAAGCUAUUCUCCGAUAAUCGUGGCAUGGCAAAGCUGAUCGCAGGGCAGAACGAGCGUCUCGCGCAGUUGCGCGCGUCCCCGGAGCAUCAGUCUCGAAUCAUUAUCGAGUUGCAGAACCAGCUCCGUAUCAUGGAAGCCAAUCGCGAGGUUCUUGUCUAUGAUCACCAUCGAGCCUUGGAGGAGAUUGUACGCCUCCGCAACGAAGUAGCGCACCUCGGUGGCAAGAUGGGUCUUCAGUCUGUGCCGAUAGUGUCAAAAUCUGAUCUCCCCGCGUUGUCUCGUGAUGGUGAUCUUGCAGAAAACUCAAUAUUCAUGGGCUCCAGGCACCGAAAUAACUCGUCUGUUGACCUCCACAUUGAUACCAAUGGUCUUCCCAGGCCGAUACCCGUCCCACCGGAGAUGUCGGCAUCUAUAUCUCACCCACCUCUCUCGCAUCGCGCCUCCCCAUACCCACGAUCUCUUCCCCGUAGGCAGCAUACCCACGACGGCACUAAGAGCCUGCCAGCUACGCCGAUGGUGACUAUCCCACCGGCGACGACCAUGCCUUUAGGCCCGUUCUCCGCGGGCCCGCGCGCUGCUGCGAACGGGUCUCAUUUGAUACCUAAACAGGAAAAUGUCAUUGAUCUGACCCUCGACGCAGACGACCCAAUGGAUGGCACGUCGAGAAAACGGCGCCGAGUUAGUGAAGAACUGCCACAUGUUGUACGGACUGCACAGCCGGUGACGAGUCAGGAACCCCUUCCUCCUCCAGAACAGCAUGCGAUGGAUGGGAUAGUCGCUACUUCGGCAUCCACGGUCGCACCCAUCUCCGAUGUUGCGCCUGAUGGAACCGUCCCUGCAGGAGAAGUGCCUCCUGAAGUUAUAGCUGUUGGAACGGCUCUCAAAGAAACUGGGUCAUUGGAAGUCACGAGUGAUUCGGUCACAACUGCUUCACAGACGAAUGACGUGGUCUCGGAGGAGCGACAAAUUCUGCAAGAGUGCGUCGAGGAAAACUUCGAAGAAGGCGAAGGUGAGGAUGAAGGAAGGCUCUUCUGUGGCAUAUCACGCCAUUUCGCACGCGGCACAGAGGAGCCUCCUCAACCAUUCGUCGACGCAACUCUGGAGGAACUGGUGGCCCAUUGCGAACACGAACAUCCAAGGGGUUGGGAACGCCUGAAGGAUCUUGUCAAGCAGCACCAGGACUCGGUGUAG